GACCCGUUCAUCAUCACAUUACUUCAAUCCAAUUCCAAUAAUUCAAACCCCAAAUUCACCAUUCUAAUUAGCUACUAGUCAACACUCUACACCCAAUUUCAUUACCAACUUUUCAAAAACCCCCAAUUUCGCAUUAACUUCACGCGUAUAGACACAUCAAUCAAAUUGGGGGAAAUUUUAAAUUGGGCUCAAUUAUUGGAAAAUUUUCAAAUUAAAAAGUGGGUUUUUGUGGGUUUUGAUUCUAGAUUCUGAAACAGCUUUCAAUUGGAUGGAUUAUUCGGAAAAACCAAUUGAGCUGAGAGCGAUUGAUUCAUUAGGGUUAGGAUUUGAUUUUGCAAGUGAUUUUAGAUUGAAGUUUGCUAAAGGAUGUCCAGGUGGCGGGAGAUUAGUGGAGCUAGAUGAAAGUAGAAAGAGAGAUAUUAUUUUGCCUGGAUGUAACGGGGCAACAAUUUCUGGGGUUUCUGAAGAUAUUCAUUGUGAUAAAGGAGAUCAUGUUAGGUUUAAAUCUGAUGUUUUGGAGUUUAAUAAGAUGUCAGAGUUACUUAAUCAAAGAGCAUCUGUACAAGGAAAAGUUCCUUCAGGGUAUUUCAAUGCAUUGUUUGAUUUAAGUGGGGCAUGGUUAAAUGAUGCUGCAGAUGUGAAACAUCUUGCUUUUGAUGCCUACUAUAUCUCCUUAUAUUAUUUGCACCUUACUGCAUCCCCGCUAGUGCUCAAAGAAAUAGUAAAAAAGUCCGUUCCUACUCAUUGGAAUCCAGAGCUAUUGGCUAGGUUCAUCCAGACAUAUGGGACCCACAUUAUUGUAGGGAUGGGUGUUGGUGGUCAAGAUAUCAUAUGUGUUAAGCAGAAACCAUCAUCUACAAUAUCAGCUACAGAUCUUAGAGGAUAUUUAGAGGAUCUUGGAGACUGUUUGUUCUUAGAUGGGGCCAGUCCAAAUUUACCAGAAAGGAAAAGAAAAGAUGGCAAGCAAAAAGUUCCAGAUGUUUUCAAUCGUAUGUUGCAGCCACACACCAUGCAGUUCACCAAUAUCACGGAAACUUCAAGCAAAGAUGGACUCACUAUUAUUGGAUCUAAAAGGGGCGGGGAUGUCUUUUCCGACAGUCACUCCAAAUGGCUUCAGACUGUGGGUGCUAGUCCUGAAGCAAUACUUCUCAAGUUUGUACCAAUUACUUCUCUCCUUAAUGGAGUACCUGGAAGUGGAUAUCUUAGCCAUGCAAUCAACUUAUACUUACGAUAUAAGCCUCCACCUGAAGAUUUACAAUUUUUCUUGGAGUUCCAAGUUCCGAGACAAUGGGCGCCUCUAUAUUGCGAGCUACCUCUUCGACAUCAACAAAGAAAGACUUCUUACCCUUGGCUUCUAACUGGUUUCAUGGGUCCUAAGAUUUACAUAAGUACAACUCAAGUUUCAAGCAGCAAAAAACCGAUCAUUGGUCUACGCAUGUUUCUAGAAGGGAAAAAAAGCAACAGAUUGGCAGUUCACGUGCAACAUCUGUCGAGUCUUCCUAAUAUCAUGACACAUUUAACUCCUACCAGACCAUGCCAGUGGCGAGGCUCGGAUGAAUAUGAUUCUAGCGCCCAAUAUCUAGAACCAAUUAGAUGGAAACGUUAUUCGAACAUCUGUGCAUCUGCAGUCAAACAUGAUCCAAAUUGGUUACCCGGAGACGGGACCGGGGGAGUCUUUAUUGUGACUGGAGCUCAGCUCGUUAUCAAGGGAAAAUGGCCCAAAACUGUACUGCACCUUCGGUUACUUUUCACCCACCUCCCUCAUUGCACCAUCAGGAAAACGGAAUGGGCCAAUGCACCAUCAGUAGGUCGAAAAUCCAGUAUCUUCACGAACUUGAGCACGACUUUUACAUUCACGAAUAGGUCAGUGGCUGAUGCACCAAAGCAACUUCCCGCGACAUUGAACUCAGGGGUGUAUCCUGAUGGCCCACCGGUGCCAAUCAGGUCUACUAAAUUGCGUAAGUAUGUAGACAUCGAGGAGGUGGUUCGUGGGCCACAUGACAUGCCAGGCCAUUGGUUGGUAACUGCUGCUAAGUUGGUGAUAGACAGCGGGAAGAUUGGUUUGCAUGUAAAGUUUGGAUUAGUUGAUUUUCCCCAGGAAGUUUAAUAUCUGAAUGUAUAUAUAUAGAUCGGUGUGAGGUUUUUUUCUAUUGUUUCAUAGAAUAUUGUACAAAGAAAGAUCAAGUAAAGAUAGGAGGCUUCAUUGAGUUGCUGCAUUUGCACUACACAUGUAGUGUGGUUAUAUACAAGAGUUAAUAAUGGAGUAUAUAUAUUAUCUUUUGGCAUAUUUAUUCAACUGGAUGUAACUUAGCCAAGCAUGAGUUAGUUUGGUAAGGUGUGUUGGAACUUUGUUAGGGAGGGGCUGGCUGGCCGGGCUUGUGGCUUAUGAAGCUUGGAAAAUUUGAAGCUGAGCUCGGUUUGCCAAAGUCUGACUUGUCACUUGGUAGUUCAAGUUGUAUAGGCCCGUUAAGUCGUUAACUAGUACUCGUAGUGAAAGGAUCUUUUAUUUUGACAGUAAUUUAUUCUUUAUUUUUACCUUUAA